GAGGAGAAAUGAGAUUCGAGUGUUGUCUGAUUUAGUUUUCUCAGAAUACUCUUACCUAGAGAGACUGUAUCUGCAAAACAACAGCCUCCAGUUCAUAUCCAAACACGCCUUCAGUGGCUUGUACAGUUUGAAGAGGUUGUUUCUCAGUGAAAACUUGAUAUCCUCCCUGAGUCCCGGUGUGUUCAGUGAUCUCCAUCAAUUACAGUGGCUGAUUUUGGAUCAUAACCCACUGAGCAUCCUGUCCCAGGACACUUUCACCGGGCUCCAGUCCCUCACGUACCUAUCCAUGGUGGGCACCGCGCUGCAGCAGCUCCCACACCCCAGCUUCUGCCAACACAUGCCUGCCUUGGACUGGCUGGAUCUUGAAGGAAACCAGAUUCAAACUCUCAAUCACUCAAUCUUGAAGUCCUGCAGCAAGCUUGAAGUUCUAAUUCUGAUGGACAACAGGAUCCGAAGAAUUCCUGAAAACACUUUCCAGUCUCUGUGGAAACUGGCUGACCUAAAUCUGUCCAGCAACAAGAUCAGGGAGUUGCCGAAAAACACUUUUAAGAGCCUCUCCAAGUCCCUCCUGAAACUAAACAUCUCCCACAAUCCCCUUCUCCACAUUCAUCCUAGCCACUUCAACCACCUGAGACAUCUUCAAUCCCUGGCUCUGGAGGGGAUGGAGAUCCCAGGAAUUCAGACGAAGAUGUUUCUGCCUAUGAAGAACCUCUCCCACAUCUACUUCAAGACGUUCCAGUACUGCUCCUAUGCACCUCAUGUCAGGUCCUGUAAGCCCAACACGGACGGCAUCUCGUCCUUUGAGGACCUGCUGGCUAACGUAGUGCUGCGUGUGUCUGUCUGGGUGAUGGCCUUCAUCACCUGCUUCGGAAAUCUCUUUGUCAUCUGCAUGAGGUCGCUGAUACGAGCGGAGAACAACCUGCACGCUGCCUGCAUCAAAGUCCUCUGCUGUGAGUAA